AUGAACCCAAGACGCCGCCUCACUGGCCUCGGCGAAGUCCAACUUGGGGAUGCUCCCAUGGGCUCACACCUUGCACAGAUCCGUAUGGGCGAUCGUGGCCCAAGGACGUGUGAUGGGAUGGGCAGAUGGAUGGAACGAGCGGUCAACGGUUUUUUCUUUUUUUGUCCUGUCUGUCCGGGUGUGUGUUGUCCGUGUUUAUGCAUGCUACGUCCUUGA